UACACACAGAUACAUGUACAUACACAGAAAUACACAUGCACAGACACAUGUACACACACACAUACAUGUACAUGUACACACACAGACAUGCACACACACACACACACACACACACAUACAUACACACGACCCUAUAAAAUGUUACAGUACUUUGCUGUUCACUCACAGAUCCGGGUACUGCACUCUAGGGGGAGGCAGAGAGCACAGCACACACUCCUUGCUUUGCUUUCAAUGCGCUCAGCUAUUGAGCAGUCUGACGGCUCCCAGUGCCAAUGACAGAUCCGGCUGAGCUCCGAGCCUGCUUCAGCAAGACGGCCCUGGGGGACAAACUCGCACUCACCAUAAUUUCCACUCGCCAUUGGCGAGCAAACGAGCAGAAAUUUCAAGGCCUGAACUAAG